AUGUCUGCCAUUUCUCGCCGUGGUUUGUCAACUGCCCGCAGCAUGUCUGUGAGUAGCCGCUCUCUUCUUUCGAGUCACACCUCCAUCUGCUUCCCCUUGCCCUCCGCUCUGGCUCUCUGCUCGUUGUGGCCGCAUAUCCGUCCCCCUGUCGCCGCAUCUCGUCGUCAUCGGUGGCCCCAUCUCGCCGUGGGGCCGCCCCUCCACGUUCCUCCACAGCAUUGCCCCCUCCUCACUUCUUGUCCCCGUUCCACCGUUUACUGACCUUUGCGCCUCCCAUUAUUUCCCUUGUCAUCGUGUAGAACGUGUAUGUCCCAUCGUCGACUGCGGUAGUCUGGUCAAGUGGCCCGUAGACGCUGACCUUCCUCGACGUUCCAUUAGUUUCUUCGAUGUCACCAAGAACGGCGAGCAGCUCGGCCGAAUCGAGUUCAAGCUCUGUACGUUUCCUCCUCUUGAUGACUGCCUCGAAUGCACACGAGAAUGCAGGGACUGAUACUCAGUUGCGUCUUUUUCCUCUACCUCUCUGCGCGUCCCUAGACGAUGAUAUCGUCCCCAAGACGGCCAGGAACUUCCGCGAGCUCUCGACCGGCCAGAACGGUUACGGCUACGCCAACUCGGGCUUCCACCGCGUGAUCCCCAACUUUAUGCUCCAAGGUGGUGACUUCACCCGCCACAACGGUACCGGCGGCAAGUCCAUGUAAGUUACACAGUGUUGCGCUUGUUCGACUCUGUGUCCCGCGACAUUCAUCUGACGCGCUCGUUCAUCUUGUUGCUCCACAGCUACGGCGAGAAGUUCGCUGACGAGAAGUGAGUGGCGUGUAUAGCCCAUCAGAAGUAGGAGCGCAUGACUUACCGAUCCCAAAACAUGGCCCACAGCUUCAAGAUCAAGCACACCAAGCCUGGAUUGCUCUCGUCCGCCAACGCCGGCCCCAACACCAACGGCUCGCAGUUCUUGUGCGUCUUGACCUGCGCGAUUACUCUCCAUCUAGAGCACCACUGAUCUUUCGUGGGACUCUUGCAGCAUCACGACCGUCCCCUGCUCGUGGCUCGAUGGCAAGCACGUCGUCUUCGGCGAGGUCGUUUCGGGCUUUGACAUUGUCAAGAAGAUCGAGGCUGAGGGUACCGACUCGGGCAAGACCAAGUCCAAGAUCACCAUCGCCGCUUCCGGCACCGUCUGA